AUGGAGCGAGAGACUGCAGUAGCCAACACUAAGGCUGACCCUCCAACUCUUGCCACCAUCGGGGAGCUCCCAAUGGUGGUGAAAGCCAUACGCGACUAUGCCCCUCAGUCAGACUUUGCCAAUCUCUGCCUUGUCUCUCAACAGUUUUACCAUGUAGGAAACGUCAUGCUCUAUGAGUCUAUCACGUUGCUCUCAAAAGGAAAUCGCGACACUCGAUCAAUCCUGGCACUCAAACGGACGUUGACAGCGCGCCCUUGGCUUGCCUUCUACGUACGACGCUUACGCUGUCUAUCACACCAUCGUGGGAGGAUUUCCGCGGAUGAUCUUGAGGAUUCAUCUCUCCUCGGCAUACUAUCAGAUCUACUCAGCCUUCUUGAGCGUCUGGAAGAUCUCGAGAUCGUCGAUUGCUUUCCACAAUCCAGCGAAGGAGCUGAGAGACUGAAUCAAUCUCUCCGAUGGGUACCUUCACUGCGACGUUUCACGUGCAACCUCCGAGUACCGCAGUGGCCACAGCCUGCCCCAAAACUAUACGCAGUCAACACUUCGAUACUGAAAGGUGCGCUGUCGCUGCCAUCACUCCUCACUUUCUCAACAACGUUAGAGGAAGACCCCUUGGCAGAAGCGCUAUCCUUGCCAGCUAACAGUAGCAUAUCGACACUCAGUCUGAACAACCUGUUCGUGAGUACGGAAACCUUUAGGACAAUCCUGGCCGCUCUGCCGCAGAUAACGGACUUGAAUCUUGAAUUUGUACGAUUUAUCGAUUCUUACGAUUCUCAUGUAUCGCGCCAUGUGGACUGCCGAGAACUCCAGACAGCUAUAUCGGGUUUCACACUGAAGCUGAGAAGACUGCGAGUCGUGGCAGACUUCAGGUCUGUCGAAGGCGGUGACCCUUGUCAGGGCGGCGGGGACGAUGCACCGUGGGGUGUUCUGUCUACACUCAAUCUCAAAGCCUUUCCCAUGCUUACGGAGUUGGAAUUGUCUCCUGAACUGCUACUUGGUUGGAAGGUGGAAUCGUCACCCGAGCUUUCUGCCUGCUUGCCGUGUCACCUGGAGUCGCUUUACCUGAGGUAUGACUAUGGGGCUUGGUACGACUCGGUAUGGGAUUUUGAGAGACUGUCGGAGAAGCUUCGUCCGUACAUUGACCACCAGUCGUCGUUGCGGAGCCUCACUGUGGAAUAUUUCGACUUCCUGGAGGACGAGAUCACAACACUAUCGUCGUCGCUCCGAACGGAAUGUGAGCACGCUGGGAUUUGUUUUCGGCUAAGGCUGAUAUAG